AUGACGCCCUCACAGAGAGCCCGGUACGGAUGUGAGGCGGCGCGAAACAACAAAUGGAGGAUUGCAGCUCCUCCGGCCCCCUUGUUGAAGCGUGCUGGUGGGGCACCUCAGCCAUGGCCCAUUCACUCCCACCCUCAAGGGCAGCUCCACAGGUCCCAGUUCCCUCCUCCUCCUCCUCCUCCUCCUCUUCCUCCUCCUCCUCCUCACCUCCCUCUCUUCCGCACUCGCCACGCAGAGGAGAGCGCAGAGAGGCCUCGUCUGGUCACCGUCGUCCGUCCCUGUGGUCAAAGCGCACUACGCAAGGUAACAGUCCUGUUGAACCGUAGGGGUGUGGUGUCCUUCGAACAACUGCUAUUGGAUAUCUCAGAGGCGUUGGGGUUUCCUCGCUGGCACCGAGCCAGAGUCACACGUCUGUACACGACCCACGCACGAGAGGUGAAAGGUGUAUGUGAUUUCUUCCGAGGUGAGGUGGCCUUCCUGGCGCUGGGGAAGUCUCGCCCAGAGCUGAGCAGUGUGCAGGAGGCUCUGGAGGAGCUGUUUCCAGAACAUUCCCAUUACCGGGCAGAAGCACUGCGGGCCUGGGAGAAAAGACUCCGUCCAGCGCCAGAUAAAGCAGCUAAGGCCGACAGUGGAUACAGUGAGGGGACAGACAGCAGCGAGACACACACUAACCAAGAGACACACCAGGACGCAAACACACAUGUCAAAAAUCAUACCAACACACACACAGUUACCCAGCCGCCUCACCACAUCGACACAGAACAUUAUAAAGCAGAUGUUCAGAAGUGUCAUAAAAAGAAUUCAUGCCGAAAACCUGCUCACCUGCCCAACCACCUGCAGAGACUGCACGUGAGGGGCGGGGUCAGAGAGCGGCAGCCUUCUGUCAUUGGUCCAUUUAAACACGAGGAAGGUCUUAGAGAAACAGACGUUCCCUCUCCUACACUGUGUGAAAACUGCUUAGCAAAGAGGGUCAAACAUAAGGGUCCAGAGCGGCUCAAUCCGCUGUCAGGGAAGGUCCCACUUCCUCCUGUGUCUAGGAAGCAAAAAGGAAGUUCUUGUACGGAACAGGAAGUGAGAAAAUUGUACGUUCAUAUCAGCCCUCCACCUCCUCGGCCAGUCAGCAGAGAGGAGGAGAAGAGCGCUGCCCAGUUACAACUUUCAAAUCCACUUCCAGAUGUGGGUCAAGUACACAGGGACGUAGAACAGAGGAUGACCUUUGACCUUCCCUCAGAGGGCAGUGAUGUCACCCUGGCAGAUAUCGAGCGCUGCUAUGAAAUUGGACGUUUGGUUGGAGACGGCAACUUUGCAGUAGUGCGGGAGUGCCGCCGUCGUGACAACGGACAAACCCUCGCUGUGAAGAUCGUCGAGCUCUCCAAGCUGAUUGGUCGAGAGCACAUGAUGCAGAACGAGCUGAGCCUUCUGGGUAGCCUCAGUCACCCUCGCAUAGUGCGGCUGGUUGCGCACCACCACACACACACUCACUCCUACCUGGUGAUGGAGCUGGUGAGCGGGGGGGAUCUGUUUGAGGCCAUCAGUGAGAGGGGGACGUUUUCAGAGGCAGAGGCGGGACUGAUGGUGUCGGAUGUGACUGAAGCACUGAAUUACAUCCACUGCAAAAGUAUCGUCCACCGAGACCUCAAACCAGAAAACCUGCUGAUAGAGCGUGUAGCUGCUGGCAUCUGUAGGCUGAAACUGGGAGACUUUGGUCUUGCCAUGGUUGUGACUGAACCAGUCUUCACCAUAUGUGGCACACCCACGUAUGUAGCCCCAGAGAUUCUCUGUGAGACAGGUUAUGGUGUCGCUGUGGAUGUAUGGGCUCUGGGUGUUAUUCUCUACAUCCUGCUGUGUGGAUUCCCUCCAUUUCGAAGUCGGGAUCGGGACCAGGAAGAGCUAUUCCAGCUAAUAAAACAGGGACAAAUCCACUUCCUGUCCCCCUACUGGGACCCCAUCUCAGAAGAAGCCAAAGGCCUUGUCCGAGCUCUGCUACAGCCUGAUCCAACAGUGAGACUGACAGCAGAGCAGACCUUGCUGCAUCCCUGGGUGAAGGCUAUGGCUUCAAUUUGCAGACAGAGGGCGCUCACAGACAAAGCUCAGAAGAGCACAGCAGACACUGGAGCAGAACCAGACAGAGUCCAGAGACUACUUAAGACCAAUGCAGCAGAAACAUGUACAGACAAAACACCAGGACACACCAGCAGUGAGGGAGAAAUCACGCAGAAAGAGCUCAGCAGACAUAAUGACAGACAAACUGAGAUAAACACAGAAAGAAGACAAGAUGAGGACAAACCACUACAGCAACAAGCAAAAGAGACAGUUCACACCAUAUCUCCACAGUUCAAAGUGCACACACCUUCAGAGGCCACGCCUGGUCUACAGAGACCAGAAUGCUCCUCUACAGACUCUGGCUCACCCAGCAGGCGAGAAAUACAGGAUCGAGAUCCAAAGCUGUCAAACACAGACUGCGAUCCUGGCAGCCCAGACAGCCCGAGUGUUGAAAUCAAUCAGCUCGGUGCCCAAACUGAGCUUCCAUCCCAGAUUAAGACACACUCAAAACCAAACAGCCAACAGCAGUCACCUCCAUAUUCACCACAAUCAACCAAUCUGGGUCACUCAACCCAACACCAGCCAUCCUCCAACCCAGCAGCAGCCUCUUCAGUCCAGAACUUCACCUCUCCCCUGUACAACCCCGUCACAGCCACCGCCGAAAUCCACCCAUCUAAAAACUACGACGAGCCGCCCUCCACCACCCUCACGCACCCACCCACACAAUCUUGACCUCACUGUCAGUCCGCCUGUUUAUCUGCGUGAUUAGAUCAGGCUCAUCGCUUUCAUGGUUCCGGACAAUACCACUGAUUUCUCAGCAGCUGAAA